AUCAAAACGAACAGUGUUUUAUUUUAAUUUUCCCCGUUGCAUCCAAYACAGGGGGGAGCUUCAGCCUUCAGCAGCGUACCCCCCUUCUCUCUCCUCUCUCUCUUCUGCUCAUAUCUUAUUGUCUUUGAAAAAGGUCUCCUUUGACCAUGAGCCCUGCUUUCUUCUCUUCUUCGUUGCCUUUGCUACAAACCUUCCUCCUCCCAUCUCAUCUCAUUUCAUGAUUUUUCUCUGUCUUACUCUUACACAUUAUGAUUAGCAGUUUCUAUUUAGAAAUUUGAUGGUAUUCUUCUCUGGAAUCUGUCGCGGUUCUUCUGCCAAUCAUGGGGUUGUGCUUUUCAACCAGUAAGGUAAGUGGCUCAAGCAGCAACGCCAACAAAUACAGCAACCGGGAAGAGAACAGGAAAACCUCUUCUAGAAAAAAUUGCUCGUCGCGGCACCAGAAACGAAAUCAGAGCCACAAGAAUCGAUCACACCAACAGCAACAAAGGAAUUCUCAGCAGCAUCAAAACAAGAAUAACGUGCAAUCGAGACGGCCGAGUGGGAGUACUGCUUGUGGGAAGCGGACCGAUUUCGGGUACGCCAAGGAUUUCGAUCAGAGAUAUUCGGUCGGCAAGUUAUUGGGUCAUGGGCAAUUUGGUUACACGUUUGUUGCCACUAAUAAGGUCAAUGGUGAUCGGGUUGCCGUCAAGAGGAUCGAAAAAAACAAGAUGGUCCUUCCUAUUGCUGUUGAGGACGUUAAAAGAGAGGUGAAGAUAUUGCAAGCUCUUACAGGCCAUGAGAAUGUGGUUCAAUUCCAUAAUGCAUUUGAGGAUGAUUCCUAUGUCUAUAUAGUUAUGGAGUUAUGUGAGGGUGGUGAACUACUGGAUCGGAUAUUGGCCAAAAAGGAUAGCCGUUACACUGAGAAAGAUGCAGCAAUAAUAGUGAGGCAAAUGCUCAAAGUUGCAGCUGAGUGCCAUUUACAUGGAUUGGUACAUCGUGACAUGAAACCUGAGAACUUUCUUUUCAAAUCAACCAAAGAGGACUCACCCCUGAAGGCCACAGAUUUUGGUCUAUCUGAUUUCAUAAAACCGGGAAAGCAAUUCCAAGAUAUUGUUGGCAGUGCAUACUAUGUUGCACCAGAAGUAUUGAAACGCAAGUCAGGGCCUGAAUCUGAUGUUUGGAGUAUUGGUGUCAUUACAUACAUUUUGCUCUGUGGCAGACGCCCAUUUUGGGAUAAGACCGAGGAUGGUAUAUUCAAAGAGGUCUUAAAAGGUAAGCCUGAUUUUCGCCGGAAGCCAUGGCCAAGCAUAAGUGACGGUGCUAAAGAUUUUGUUAAAAAGUUAUUGGUGAAGGAUCCUCGUGCAAGACUGACUGCUGCUCAAGCCUUGUCACACCCAUGGGUUAGAGAAGGGGGAGUUGCCUCAGAGAUUCCUCUGGAUAUAUCUGUACUAUCAAACAUGCGGCAAUUUGUGAAGUAUAGCCGGCUGAAACAGUUUGCACUAAGGGCAUUGGCUAGUACACUUGGUGAAGAUGAGCUGGCUGAUCUCAAAGAUCAGUUUGAUGCAAUUGAUGUGGACAAAAAUGGUGCUAUUAGUCUUGAAGAAAUGAGACAGGCCCUUGCAAAAGAUCUUCCUUGGAGAUUGAAGGGGCCACGAGUUCCCGAGAUUGUUCAAGCGAUUGAUAGCAAUACAGAUGGGCUUGUGGAUUUCUCUGAAUUUGUUGCUGCUGCUCUGCGUGUGGAUCAGUUAGAGGAACAUGAUUCUGAGAAGUGGCAGCUUCGAUCUCAGGCAGCUUUUGAGAAAUUUGAUGUGGAUAGAGAUGGAUUCAUUACACCAGAGGAACUAAGGCUGCACACGGGAUUGAAGGGUUCCAUUGAGCCACUUCUUGAGGAAGCUGACAUCGACAAGGACGGGAAGAUCAGCUUAUCAGAAUUCCGUAAGCUUCUAAGAACAGCUAGCAUGAGUUCACAUAAUGCACCUGGCCCAUCUGGUGCACGAAAUUCUCGCAAGUUGUAGAUUUCAAGUGAUGAGUUAAAAAAGUUUAGGGAAUUAGAGAGGUAAGAGAACGGUCAGAGGUGAAGCAGGACAGGAGUCCUUUUUUUUCUGUAAUCUUACUAGAGGAUGGCACUUGAACCCAGGUGGCCUCAUGUUCUUGCAUCGCCACUCAUCCUGAAGACCUCUGCUGUAAAUGAAGUUUUCUGUUGUAUCAAAACUGGCUCGCAGAAACAGUUUUGGCAAAGAGAAAAUGCUUAUAAAGAGUUGGUGGAAUAUUUUUGCCUUUUUAGCUGUAUAUCCUUGGGCUUUUUUGAUCGUUCUCUGCAAUGUACUGAGUCAUAUAAAUUUGAUUUCUCAGAAUCAGAAUCCACUUAACUUGUUUAUGUACUUAUUUUUCAUUAUUCCAAUUUUAAUACUAACCAAUGAUACUAUUUCUUUUUA